AAUAAAAUGGCUGAAUUUCAUAAUAGGAUUAUUGGUAGAUACAUUUGCAAUAAUGAAAAACUAUUGGGGAAAGGUUUAAUGUGCACAGUAUGAAAUAUUGUUAUUCCAGGUUUAUGAAGCGAAAGAUAUUGAUACAAAUAAGUAUGUAGCAUUAAAACAAAUAUAAAAAAUUCCUAAUAGCGGAAGUAGGGUAUCAGCUCAAAAAUUAAAAUAAUCUUAUGAUUUAGAAAUUGAAAUUCUUAAAAAAUGUAAGAAAUUGGCUCAUAACAAUAAUGUUAUUACUCUUUUAGAUAACUUUGAAACAUAAGAUAAUUAUAAUAUAGUUUUAGAAUUAUGUGAAUGUAAUAUUUAAUUUAAAUCUCAAAGCUAAUCUAAAAGAAUAUUUAGAAAAGAACGAUAAUAAAAGAUUGAAGGAAUAAGAAGCUGUAGAUAUUUUAAUAUAAAUAGUUGAAGGGGAGAAAUGGUAGUAUUAAUUAUAUAUAGAGCCUUCAUUAAAUAAACUAUUGUCAUAGAGAUAUUAAACCAGAAAAUAUAUUAAUUAAGAAGGGGUGUGUAAAAAUAACGGAUGUCAAUUUAGCAAAAUAUUUAGAAAAUUUAAAUUUUCAAGAAACCUGUUCAUUUGUGGGCACUCCAUUUUAUAUAGCUCCUGAAGUUUCAUCUAAAGGAAUUUACUCACCUUACAAAGCAGACAUAUAUUCAUUAGGAAUAGUUUUGUAUGAAAUGUUAUAUGGUUUGUUAAAUAAAUAAGAAGAAAAAAUUGAAAUACGAAAGAUAAUUCAAUCAAAAUAGAUUAAAAUUAAUCCUAUCUUAGAAAAUCUCAUCUUAAAAAUGAUUGAUAUAGAUCCAUAAAAUAGAGCUGAUUGGUGCUAUGUAUCUUCUUGCUUAUAUUAAUACUCAAUUUCGGAUAAACCAUUAAUUAAAUCUUAAUCAAUCUAAGUAAUAACAUCAUUUUAUAAUAAUGCUUGGUAGGAAGAAUUCUAUUUUUUUAAUUAAAUAAUACAAGACUAUUCCUAAUUAUCAAUAAAAGAAUAAAAUAUCUUUUUAAGUCCUAGUGCUUUUUUGAUUAUAAAAUUAAUAUAUAAACUUGUAGAAGAAAAAAUUUUACAAUUAUUGAAGGAAAAUGAAAUAUUACAAAAAAAUAAUGAUAAAAAUCAACAAAAUCUUGAGGCAUAGUCAAAAUAAUUAGCGUCUUUAAAUGAAAAUUUGAUGUUAUUAUCGUAAUAUUAAAGAUAAUAUUUAAAAGAAGCAAAGUAUAGAUAAUAGAUUUUACUAAAAUAGAUAUUGGUAUAUUGGUUAAUUAAAUGAUCAAAAUCAAAUACUUUGUUAGUCUGAUGAUCUAAAAGAUGAAUUUAGAUAUAAAGAGAGGAGCAAAAAUUUUGCUAAACAUUUUUAGUGUUAUUUAGCAGAUUUUUUCAAUUAGUUAAAUAGCAUAAGAUGUGAAUCAGAAGAGUUAGAAUAAAAAAAGAAACAUUUACAGCUUAAAUUAUUGAUUGCUUGCGAUAAAAAUAAUGACUUUGUAAAUUAAAAUAUCUGAUUAUUAGUUAUAAGUCUAAGAAUAAUUAAGGAAAAGUUAACUUUACAAAGAUUAAAAUAUUGUAGGAUUUUGUUAAAAUUUAAAGAAUCCUGAAGAAAUUAAAUAGUAUAUUGAAGCCUUGCAGCCAAUGGUUACAAAAAUCUUACAUGAUUAAUGACAUAAAGAUUAAUAAUCUAUAUAUAGA